UAACGGAAGUGACGUUGGGAGACGCCGGAUGUGACCAUGGGAGCGUCCCGUUGCCGGGGUAACGCCAGAAAGCAGCUAAGUGUCAGGCAUGAGUCCCGCCAGAGCGUCGUAUUAUACACCCCGGGAGGUCUCCCGGCACUGCACGAUCAACGACCUGUGGGUGUCCUUCCUGGGCCGGGUCUACGACCUCACCGCCCUAGCCAAGGAGCACCGAGGUGACAUUUUACUGAAGCCGAUCAUCGAGGCGGCAGGAAAAGACAUCAGUCACUGGUUCAGUGUGAAGACUGGAGAGAUUAAGACCCACAUAGACCCACAAACUGGCUGCUUGAAAUACUACACACCUCAGGGACGUUUUCUUCACGUGCCGCCCUCCUUCCCCUGUUCAGAUUGGGACACUGAUUUUGGACGCCCCUGGUGGCGAGACCCCUCUUAUGAGGUCGGCAUCUUGUCAUCCAAAACCAGGAUCCUCCGAAUCAUCAACACAUUGACAUCCCAAGAGCAAAUUCUCGAGGUGUGUUCGGAGGAGACGAUAUGGGAGAUCCUGGCCCGGUAUUUGCCGUACAACGCCCACGCUGCCAGUUACACCUGGAAAUAUUGUGGGGUUCCGCUGAACAUGGAGCAGACGCUGGAGGAGAACGGGCUCCAGGAUGAAGAUGAAGAGUUUGAGGAGCUGAAGAUCGAUUGUGACUCUUAUACGGCGAGUCUACACUUGUACUUCAAUGAUGAUCUGACACAACUGUGAAGUGUGGGGAGGACGCCAAAAACACAGCUCCCCAUGAUGAUGAGAGUAGUAGUGUCCAUGUGAUGUGCAGUAGCCAAUCUAUAAGUGAAUCCCCCUGCCUGUAGUAACCGCUCUGGUCGGGUCACGUGCCAUCUCCUCAUGUGCCGAAUAAAAGAUGUUUUAUAAUACCUG